UUGAUAAUCCCAUCAUCCCUCACGCGCUUCGUUUACCAGUUGUGGACAAGUGCCGUGACAGGCACCUGUAGGAUCGCGCGGGAAUCUCGCCUUAUCCUCCCUCCCGGGCUGCUUCCCAUGUUCAUGGAGACAUAACACAAGAAAAAUGAACAUUUUACUGAGUUUGUUACUCGCUGUUCUAUGUAGUGCUGCGGCAGGAAAAGACAAAACAAAAAGUGCAAAUCCUCACUCACAAUCCGCUGUCAAAUCCCAGCCAAGAGCAGGCUCACAACCUAAAUAUGUCGACCAGCGAGCGAGCAAAAAAGAAGAAAUGUUGGGCCAAGAUACAGUGAAAAUAGACGAAGCUGAGUUCAAAUUGCAGAGUAUGAUUAGUCCGGAGUUCCACCAGGCUCGCGAGGUGUUGAGGCAGGGUAGACCCUACAAUGGACUAGAAAUGAAUACGUUAUCACCAGAACAAGUAGCUUUUGUACAAGGGACCGCGCAAUGGCCCAAGUUCUUCUCGCCCCAGGCCUCUAGGAGUCCCACAAAGACUAUCUAUCCCGAGGACCCUGUUCUGUUCCCUAAUGAGCGCAUGCCUAGCGGGAAUAGCCCGUCAAGUAGUCCAUUUGCUGGAAACCCCCUCGAAGGAAUGGAUAUGGGGACCAAGGGUCGACCAGAUCUGUCAGCGUUUGAUGACGUACCGAUGAUGGGGGGGAAUGGCAACACUGGCGCGCUGACAAGAACGUCUAACACCAACCCUAAUAUGGUAUUUGAGGAGAAGCCUGCUUAUCUUGCCGACGGCGACUCACUGUUGGCGAGCCCGAAAUCCACGCACCGUAAUUUACUCAGCGAACUCGAUCAGUUCUCUUUACCAAGCUCGUCGAAAGGGCUGUAUUCGAAGCACAAAAAGCUUUUAAGCGACCCCUCUAAGAUUCUCAACGAGGAUUUGACUGUGGCUAGCUCGUCUAUUUAUGGGCCAUCAAAGUCGCCGUCGUUUGAGUCCUUUUUAGACGGUGAGGUAGAGAGUAAAGGUAAGCCUGUGGGCAUACUUAAAAAUAUCCUGAAGGCAUCUAAGUCUAUGAUGUACCCAUCGGACUCCAAGCACAAGCCAUCGCCUCGCAGUUGGCUGAAUGAUGGACCUUUUUCCCGAAGGCAGAAGCUUGAAAGGGCAAAAGACAAUAUAACUAUUUCGAGUAAAAUGUCAAGUACACGCGCAUCUGUUCCAAAAAAAUUCACCAAGAGAAAGCAAAACAAAAAACAGUCGUGAGCACAAAAAGUUUGUUUGAUAGACACUAACUCAAAAGAUUCCUUCAAUGUAUCAUAAGCAUGAGCUAGUUAGCUUUCUUGGACUAUCAAGGCCCUCGCUUGAGGCGGACUAAUUCAUGAGAUUCAGUUCAUAAUCAUAUGGCGACCUUUAAGAUGUUUUCUCGUUUGACUGGGAUAUCAAAGAGGUCAUUUUUUAAAAUUAGAUUUGUUCAAUAAAGGGCCUAUAAACUAAGACACAGCUCCUUAAUAAAUUAUGUGACCUAAAUAGCCUGGAAAACCCCUGCAUGCACCUUUUCCAGUACUGUAAAUAUGCAUGUGUGAAUAUGUAAGAAGGUAAGAAGAUAAAGAACCGAAACUACC